AUGAAAGGAUUGUCUGUCAAUGAUAGUUUUAGUACGAGGGAGGAGGCUGAGAAGGUGGUAUUAAGCCAUGCAGAACAGAAUGGACUCGUUGUUGAGUUUGAAGGUGCCAACAAGUCGAUUGUUGCUUGUUGUAGAGGAAAGGACGAGUUUGGAUGUGAAGCGAAGAUAGUCGCACAGCCAAGAAAAAAAGAUGAUUCAUUUGUGGUGAAGAAGAUUAAGCUGGUGCACAAAUGUCCUUCUGUGACACAGAAGUAUAACACUCCAGAAGAGAUGGUUAGAGCGGAGAUCCAUAAGGCCAUAGGCGGGCGAGGGGCAAAGAUUGGUGAAAUGGUGUGUAUAUUAGCAGAGAUGGAUAUAAAGAUGGGAUAUUUUUCUGUUUGGAAGGCAAUGAGACAGGGUGGAGAGCUUGAUAAGGAAAACAAGAUGCAGGUGGAAAUUAUGCAUGAUAAUAAAGCUGAUGCUUUCAAGGGAGCGUUGAACGAGUUUUUACUUGAGUUUUGCGAGAAAAAUCCCCAUGCCCUUGCUAAAUGCACAGAUAAUGUGUUUUUCUUCUCAUAUCCUGAGUAUCUUGAUACUUUAAUUCCGGUAGUUGAGAUAAGGGUAUAUAAAAGAACGGAUGGAUUUGCUGUUUUUGGGGUACUUCGAGAUCCCACAUGGAUGCCUGUUGUGCAUUCUUGCAUUGUUUCUGAAGGUAUGAGUAGGGAAGAUACUAUCAGAUGCUUUAUAGAUUUUUUGCCUGGAGUAUUUUUUCUUGUGGACUUUGACGUCAGUAUUAUUGGCAUUUUGGAAGCGAAAGGCCGAGAGUAUUUCAUUAAGACAAGAGAUAUAUGUAGGUUCUACCAUAACAGAGGAUGGUCUACAGAGGCAAUUGAAAAUGUGUGGAGUAAAUGUAAUAAUGAUACAGCAUGCAAUAUGCCUGAGCUAGACGGAUAUGAAAAGAAAAGAUAUAUAAAGAGAUAUUGCAAUGUGGAGCUAUUUGGGAUGCAGAAUACAGGGGAAUGCGAUGUUGAUUUUAUUGGGCUUGGGAUGUUCAACCUGCAAUACUUUGAUUGCUUGAAUGGAAUUAUGAAGCAGAUUGGAGACAAUAUGAGGCUUAGGAAGAAAGCAAUAAAUCCAGUGGAUAAGCAUCCCUUUGGAAAGAAUGUAGUGUAUAGAAUAGAGAAGAAUAUAGAGAUGUGCAAGCUAAUGGACAAUGACGUGAGUGGUGUUGAUUUGUCGAAUCAAACAUGCACAUGUGGAAAGUUCCAGGAAUUUCUUAUUCCAUGUGUACAUGCAUGUAGAAAGAUAAUUGAGUUGGAGCAGAAUCCAUACACAUAUGUUGGUGAUGUGUACUCAAAGACACGUUUAUUGAGGUUCAAUGAAGUCAUCCCUGUUGUAGAUUUGCAAAUAAAAUGCCAACCGGAUAGAAACCUGUUAAAGCGUGGCCCUGGAAGACCCAAAAAAAUCCAGGUUCAUGAACCUCAAAUAUUCAGUUGA